AUGCCGGGCUUUAUCCCGUGUAAAAUAAACUUUCCCGCGCCAUAGUCAAGUUGGUAAAUCUGCAACACAAAUCUCCCAGCUUUGGGAGGUAUAUGCAUGACAAGUUAAUAUCUGUAGUGUAGUGCAGUUUAUUAGCAAGGACAGCCAUAUCACAAAGACGCCUGCUCAUCCUGUAGUUUACAGCAUUACAAACCCCAGAACACGACUACAAAUUCCUCUCUUGCGGAUGUGCAUUACAGAUUUUUCUGUAGAUGCAAAUCUGCAUGCGUUGUUAUCAUGCAGAUCUGCAACUACAGAAGCAUUUGUGAAGAUGCGGCGCAUGAUCCCCAUGAAGAGGGGCAUUUCCGAUCGUGUUUCCCGGACGAGCAGAAAAUGCUGUAAACAGGAGACGUAGAAGGUGGCGUUGUAAAAAUGUUGCUGCUGCACAUGCACUUGCUGAUGCUGAACAAACUGCAGUAUGAUACAGAGAGGAGCUUGUUAUCAUGCGUGAUUCCCAAAAAAACUUCUGGGUUUCUGUUGGGAUUACAUCUGCAUCUUGAGGACUCUGGUGUGCGGACGCUUAUUUUCCUCAGGAUACGCUAUGUACUCUCAUCUUCUUCAGCAUCAGCAGGAGCUGCUUCAGCUUCCAACAUAUCAAAAUGAAAAAUCCCCCCUCCCCAUGUCAAAAAGGAAAGCUGUGAUGCAGAUUUACAGUCACAAAUCAGCUUUGUCAUUCUAGAAGGGAAAAGAUGCGGACUGUAGUGCUGAGUGGCGUGGGGAAGCCUGCAUGUUCAGCAUGAUAGGAAGCAACAGGAAGUGGGAAACAGCAUGACCAAUUGCCUGCAAACGAGGCCACAACUGCGGCUCGGGCUCUUGGCCUUCUAGCAUUACAAGUCGAUUUCUGUACUCAAAUACAGCAUCACAAAUUUCGUUUUCGAUGCGGGGAGGGGGAGUUUUUCCUUUUGAUACAACAGCUUGAAAAUUCCCUGGCUUUUGCUCGGAACAACGCUUGGGCUGUUUUGCGCUGCCUACCUGGUAUCAAAUGUAAAAAUGUCCUCUGGGUCUGGAAGAUUCUGAGACUUGUCAUGCAUGUUUUGCAUGACCCAGGACGUCUGUAAUGCAUGCCCUAGCAUCACAGAUUUUUAGAGGGCUUCCUGAUGCCUACUCCGCAUGAUAAACGCCAUCCCCGCGUAGCACACACCUAGACUCCUCUUGCUGGUCGUGCAAAAAUACAGAGUUUUUUAGAGUCCGAAGUUAGCAUCACAAGUUCCAACCUUCCAGACCCAGACACUUUUGCAUUUGAUCCCUGGCAGGGAGGAUCAACUAUGGAAUCAACCACGAUCCAUCAUCAUCUUCCUCGUGCGCAGGAGCUUGGGCAGUUCUUGGACCUACUUCCAAGCUCAAAUUUCGCCAGCAGCGCAGCAGUCUGGCGAGUGGCGCGCAGUUGAGUGGGCCUGAUGCCCUGCAAGGAGGUAUCAAAAUGAAAAAUCCCCCCUCCCCAUAUCGAACCGGAAAUUUCUGUUGCUGGAUUUGUGUACACAAAUCAGCUCUGUCUUGCAGUGGAGGAAUGCAGGCCCAUAUCAUGCCAAUGUAGAGAGGUUUUGGCAUAGGCAAGCAGCAUGAGGGCUGUCUAUGCUGUAGGCCCAACAGCAUUACAAACCGCCUGCAUAAUGGGGCGGAGCAUAUGCCGUUGCUUUCUUGCAAGACAGACACGAUCUGUGGCCACCAACCAGCUUCGCAAAUUCUCUGAGGCAUGCCUUUUCGAUAUGGGGAGGGGGGGUUUUUCUUUACGAUAGGAGGCCAGAAUGUUCCUCGUCCGAGAACCUCUUCGGCAGGGCGAGAUGAGAUGAAAAUGAAUAAUAAAGUAGAAGCGCCGCACGUCCCGCAGCCGCCUGUUAAGAAUACACCCACGUCGAGCGCAACAAGCCCAACAUCAAGGCCCACCAGUUCUUCGCAGCUCGUCGCGACACAACAAGUCCCAAAUGGUGGUCUGAAAAGGAACCAUCAGACGUCUACUGACGCGGCCGCUGGUGCCCUGUACGGCAUCUGCAGCGUUGUGUCAGCGGCUGGCAGCGUAUGAGAGUGCACAGCCCCCCCUCGUCGUGCUCAUCAUUUCUCAUGCAAAAUACCCAAUUCCACACUUUCCCUCCUGUCACUAUUAUGCAUGACAAGUUCUGGCACUGGCAGCCCAAAUGGCACUACACUCCUGUGCAAACUUGUCAUGCAAAACCUGCAUUCUGGUUGACACUUGUAUUGCCGUUCAUGCUAAACGAAUGAGGGGGAGGCGGAGUUGUGCUUUGUCAUACAGCGUGUUGCUGUUCGAAGACGGAUAUCAAAUGUAAAAAUGUCUGGGUCUGGAAGAAUGCAAUUAAUAUUUACAUUGCUUAACUUCCGGGUUCUGGUCCCGCCUACCCCCCGGCGACAGGUGACCUCGACAGGUGACCGCGACAGGUGACCUUGACAGGUGACCUCGACAGGUGACCUUGACAGGUGACGCUGACAGGUGACCUUGACAGGUGACUUUGACAGGUGACCUUGACAGGUGACCCGGACAGGUGGCCGCGACAGGCGAAGCGAGAGGAUAAAGCAAAGGCGAGACCAGCGCCUGGGCGCAAAUAUUUAUUUUUCACGCCAAACUCCGCUCUUGACAUGAAAAAUAAAUUAAACGCGCCCAAACAAAAAAAUGCGACGCGAAAAAUGAAAAAGAUUGAAGCUGUAACACAAACUGCCUCCAUAAACAAAGAAGUCUUCGCGUUGUGAUGCCAAAAUCAACAAGCGGCUAUCUCUGCAAUGCACGGCCAGGAGACAGCUUCUUACUUUGCUCUGUGGAAUCGGAAAGGCGUUGCGCUUCAACAUUAGAGAACUUUUUUGCAGCAGCCACACAGAGAUAUUCACUUUGCUUCUAUUUUUGUUUUUUCUUGCGAAAUGCAGUGUGCCUAAUUCGCCCUUUUUCCACUAGCGCUUAGCUCACUGAGCGACUACGCGCGCGCCUGGUGUGAGGCGAGGGGCGGACGCUGUCCGCCCCGAUGCCGAACACCCUCCCCCCACUAGCGUUUCGCGCACUAAGCCACUACGCGCGCGCCUGGUGUGAGGCGAGGGGCGGACGCUGUCCGCCCCGAUGCCGAACACCCUUCCCCCACUAGCGCCACUAGGGACGAGCACAAGGCCCCAGCGUGGGGACCCUGUCCCCACGCUCGGGUGGGCCUUGUUUGUCAUGCUAAAUCUGAAGCAUGCAAAAAUCUGUGUUGCAUGAUUGGCAAAAGUCGUCCAGUUUUGAGCAAGUCGGGAGAAAGUUUCUCAUGCAGGAUAGGCAUGAGAGAGAUCGCACAGAAUCUGUCAUGCUAGGUCCUGCAUUCCAGACCUCAUGGGUCAUGGAAAAGCUGCAUGACAAAUCGCGCAUUCUUCCAGACCCAGACAUUUUUACAUUUGAUAACGGAGCGAACAUCGACGCCGCGGAUGCGGUAUGCAUUGCAAAUACGUCUGGGUCUGGAAGGUUCUGAGACUUGUCAUGCGCGUUUUGCGUGCGCCAUGAUGUCUGUGAUGCAUGUGUGCCCUAGCAUCACAGUUUUUUUGAGGGCUUCUUGAUGCCUAUUCCGCAUGACAUCAAAUGCCCUCUCCGCGUAGAAGUUGUAGCAGAAAUUACAUUUUUCCCUUUGCUGCUCAUGCAAUACAGAUUUCUUUGGAAUCCAACCGCAGCAUCACAAGUAAGCUGCAUUCUUCCAGGCCCAGACAUAUUUGCAUUCGAUAUGCGGUCGUGCGGACGUCGCAGGGUCCGGUGCAGGAGUUUAAAAAGCAUGUGUAUCAAAUGCAAAUAUCCCUGGAUGUCUAGAAGGUCACAACUUGUGAUGCUGUCUGUGGAUUCUAAGAAAAUUUGUACUGCAUGACCAGCAAGAGGGGUCCGGCUUGUCCUACGUGAGAGGGCAUUUCUCAUGCGAAAUAGGCAAGAGGGAGCCCUCCAAAAAUCUGUGAUGCUAGGCCAUGCAUGACAGGUAUCAUGGGUCAUGCAUAAUAUACAUGGCAAAUCUAGAAAUCUUCCAGACCCAGACAUUUUUGCAUUUGGUAAUGUGGGGGCCAGGACCACGCUCGCUAUCUUGUCAGACACGUUUUUCGAACCUAUCCGGAAGCUGCCACGAACGAUAUUCAAAGGAAAAUAAAUCCCCCCUCCCCAUAUCGAAAAGGAAAUCUGUGAUGCUGGAUUUCCGUACACAAAUCAGAUUUGUCUUGCAAUAGAGGACCUCUGCAGGCAUACGCGGACCCUGGGCAGCGAGGUUUUGACAUACACAUAGGCGCCUAGCAUUUCAAAUGUCCACAUUGUAGGCCCAGCAGCAACACAAACCGCCUGCAUAGUGCGGCGUAGCCUGUGGGGUUGCCUUCUUGCAAGACAGAGACGAUUUGUGGCCACAAAUCAGCAUUGCAGAUUUCCCACCUUGGCUUCCUUGCUUUUCGAUAUGGGGAGGGGGGAUCAUUUUUGCUUACGAUAAACGAUGCUCGAUCACCUGUUGCAAGAAAUCGCCGCAGCAGCGGCUCCGGAACCUGGACAUAUAUCCUAUGUGAAAACGUCCCCACACCGGAGUUGUGAUGCAGAUCUGCAUGCCAAAAAAGUUUCUGAUGCGGAGCCGCAUGAGAAGCAUUCUCUAGUGUAGUUUGGGCAUUUGUCAUGCUCUAAUCAGCAUUACAGGCUGGGUCUGUGAUGCUGCUGAACAAGCUACACAGGAUUACUCUACGAGGCUAAACUUGUCAUGUGCAACAACCAAGGCUGCCUGAUUUGUCUAGCAGGUUUCCCAUCUUGACUAUGGGGUGGGGACAUCUUUGCUCAGGAUAGUUUCAUCCAAGUCCCCGACCAAAAAUCCUGUGGACGAGCUCGUGGAAAGGGGUGCGCCGGUUCCGAAGCGUUAUCAGGCAGUAUGUAUCAAAUGCAAAUACGUCUGGGUCUGGAUGGUUGGAACUUGUAUGUAAUGCUACUGCUAGCUUUCCAUAUUACCUAGAAAAUCUGUAUUGCAUAACCAACAAAUGUCGCAACCUCUUUUGUACAUGCAAAAACGCAGUUUCUCAUGCGGAUUGCCAAUGAGCAGAAAGCGUUCAGGAAAGUUGUCAUGCUGGGUUGCAUUCGGAACUGUUUCGAUCGUUCACAUUUUAGCAUCACAAGUUUCCAGACGCAGACAUCUGUGCAUUUGAUAGUAUGUGUGCAAGCACAAAAACGAACUCGACUUCUACAUCUCGAACGUGUUCAGCGAUCGUAUCAAAUGCAAAAGUGUCUGGGUCUGGAACAAAGCAACUUGUCACGCUAAAUCUGAAUCAUGUAAAAAUCUGUGUUGCAUGAUUGCCAAAAGCUGUCCACUUUUGACCUAAUCGAGAGACAGUUUCUCAUGCAGGAUAGGCAUGACAGAACUAACACAGAAUCUGUCAUGAUGCUAUGUCCUACAUCCCAGACCUCAUGGGUCAUGGAAAACCUGCAUGACAAGUCUGGCACUCUUCCAGACCCAGAUACUUUUGCAGUUGAUAGAUCGCGAGGUUCUACAAUGUGCGGCGACCUUUCGCCAGAACGAACCGAAAAGAGGAACGCGGAUGAUCACCUCCGGGCUAAAGUACAUUGCUACGUAUCAAAAGGAAAAAUCCCCCCUUCCCAUAUCAAAACGAGGUUUGUGAUGCUGGAUUUGCGUACACAAAUCAGACUUGUCUUGCUCGAGAGGACUGCAGGCGUAUACUAAGCCUGAGUCGAAAGAUUUCGGGCUAGGCGCUGAGCAUGGAAAACCUGUAGUCUGCAGGGCCAACAGCAUCACAAACCGCCUGCAGAAUGCGGCGGAGCCUGUGGAGUUACGUUCCUGCAAGACAGAGACGAGUUGUGGCCACAAAUCAGCAUUGCAAAUUGUCUGAGACGUGCCUUUUCAUCGACAUGGGGAGGGGGCAAUUUUCAUUGUAAUACUACGCUGCUGCUCACUAAGGUCUGCUCCGAAGUGCACCUCUACGGCUUCCAGGAUCACCCGGGGAAACCCGCCCUGUACCACUACUUUGACUGGGUACAUUAUCGCAACUCAAAAGUGUUUUACAGUUGCACAUUGUCAUGCAAGACUGGAAACAGAGACAACCUUCCUCAUGCAGGAAAUGCUUCGGAGCCUCGUUUCCUUCCUGUUUUCCGUUGUGAUCUUCACAUUACAAGUUUUCUCUGCCACACAGAGAAAAUUUGUGAUGCAGAAACUCCAACAAGUGUGUAACUGUCACACUUUUUUCUCGGGAUAUACAUAAAAAGCAGGUGGAUGUUGGUACAACUGGCGUCACAACCAACAAGGUCGUGAACCACGAUGGCAGAAAUAAAGAUGAAAAUCAAAUAAAUGCGACCAGCGCGGUCUCGUUCCCCUCGCGGCCGCCCGGAGCAGAAAAAAAAAAUGAGAAAGCGAAAGUGUAUCACGGCGAGGAAAACAAGUCCGCCUAUCCUGAGUAAAAACGUACCCACACCAGAGUUGUAAUGCAGAUUUGCAAAGACAGGAAGACUUGUAAUGCGCAUCCCCAUGAGAGCCAUCUCCAAUUGUGUUUUGGAAUUUGUGAUGCUGUGAACAGGAUGAGCAGAUGAAUCUGUGACGCGGCUGCACUUGCUAACCUGCACUACACUGCAUAGUGCAACUUGUCGUGCGUGACUCACAAAACUCCUAGGUUUGUGUUGCAAAAUCCCCAUCCUGACUCUGGUGUGGGUACGUUUUUACUCAGGAUACCGCCGCGGAUUACUUCGCGAAUAUGAAAAAACAAAAAAAUUCGCACGACUUCGAGGUGGAGCACAGCUGGAUGCAGCAGCGGUCGGAUCUGCAUAUUACAGUGAAAAGUGCCCCCCACCCCUGAAAUUGCAAAAAUUUGUGGUGCGUAAGGUUUUCAAAUGAAGAACUUUUUAUCUACGCGUGAAAGGAGUAUGAAUCUUUCUGAUGCAGAGUCUGGGCGUGUAUCGCAUCGCUUGCAUGACAAGCGCCGCUUUUGCUGUGGUCUUUUGCAAUACAAAUUUUUGCUAUUCGCGAUUGGAAACCUGUGAUGCUGAUAGAUGCAUUUCGUUUGGAAUGGUUUGCAAUACAAAUGCUCCCAAGUUCGGGGGUGGGGGCAUUUUUCAUUGUAAUACUGCACAAGGCUGCGCUAGUACAACUCCAGCCCGGGUCUAUCAAGAGGAAAAAUCCCCCAUCCCCAUAUCAAAAAAAAAAAUCAGAGAAAAUUUGAUUGAUGCUGGAUGAUCUGCGUACACAAAUAAGGUCUGUCUUGCUCUAAGGAAUUGCGGGCAGAUUCUGAGGCUGUUUAGGUGCGCAAGGGUCUAGCUGUUUAGCAUGGGAAACGCCAGCCCCGUAGGCCAAGCAGCAUGACAAACCGCAUCCAUAAUGCGGCGCAUCCCUCACCGCUUGCCUGUUUGCUAGACAAGAAUGCUUUGUGACCACAAAUCUGCAUCACAGAUUUCGCGACGGAUGCCUUUUCAAUAUGGGGAGGGGGGAUUUUUCUUCACAAUAGGGUCUGCUGUGGCGCAGCAGGACGAGCCGCGAGUUAUCGAAAGGAAAAAUCCCCCCUCCCCAUAUCGAAAUGGAAUUUCUGAUGCUGGAUUUGUGUACACAAAUUUAUUAGCUUUGUAUUGCAGGAAGGCACUGCGACCAAAUCCCCAGGCUACGCAGGGGCGUAUGGGUCUAGUUGUUCAGCAUUGCAAACGGCUCCCCUUUAGGCCGCCCAGCAGCGCGACAAAUCGCUGCCAUAAUGGGACGGAAGCUUCAGCCCUUGUCUUCUUGCAAAACAAAUGGGAUUUGUGGAACAAACACAACACAAAGUUUCGGAAACAUACCGUUUGAAUGUGGGGAGGGGGGAUUUUUCCUUACGAUAACACAGGUGACAUCACCAUCGGUCCGAAUAUCCAAUAGAAGCUAUCAAAAGGAAAAAUCCCCCCUCCCCAUAUUGAAAACGUAUCCAUCUCCUGAAAAUUUGUGAUGCAGAUUUGUGGCCACAAAUCGUGUCUGUCUUGCAAAAAGGCAAGUCCAGGCUGCCCGGCACGUUAUGCAGGCGAUUUGUAAUGCUGUAGGGCAUACAGGGCAGCCGUCUACCAUGCUAGGCACCUACACCACAAGGCCCCGACCUAGGCUUACGAGCUGCGUGCAGUGCUCUACUGCAACACUAAUUUGAUUUGUGUACUGGAAUACAGCAUCACAAAAUUCGUUUUCGGUAUGGGGUGGGGGCUUUUUUCACUUUGAUAGAAGCCGCCGCUGCUUGGAGUCGUCGUCGUGUCUCGUCUUGCGUUAUCAACUGCAAAUAUGUCUAGGUCUGGAAGAUUGCAAGACUUGUCAUGCAGGUUUUCCAUCACCCGUGAGGUCAGACAUGCACGGCCUAGCAUGACAGAUUCUGUGAGAUCUCUAUGAUGGUGCUUCUCCGGCGUGUGAAACUGCCACCACACUUGGCCAAAAGUAGACAACUUUUGGCAAUCACGCAAGACAAAUUUUAGCAAGAUCCGGACUUUGCAUGAGACAAGUUGCAAUGGUGUUCCAGACCCCGACGCAGACAUAUUUGCAAUGCAUAUGCGUCCGAGUGACUUCUCCGGUUGUCCGGAUCGCGUGACCGAGAGCCCUCUGCGCUUGAAUGCGGUCGCUACCUGCGACGCGAUGUUGUAAAGUAAGAGAGACAGCUUGCUAAGCUGCUGCUGCACACAAACUUCUACUAGAUAUAUUUAUUACUUUCAAGAUAUCAAAGUGAGACAUCUCCUCUAUUUCCCAUAUCAAAAACGAAACUUCCGAUGCUAAAGAUUUGCGUACAUCACAAAUGAGGUCUUUCUUGCUGUAAGGAGUUGCAGUCAGAUAAAAAUUAUCGGCCCGCUUCGAGGCGUAAAAACACUGGCCUUGUGGCGAUGUUGUUUGUAAAAGAUUCAAUUUGUUGUUUCAUUGAAAGAACAAUUUCAGUUUCGAACCGCCGCAACUUAAAAAUCAAAAACUUGUUCUUGCGGCGUGCUGAAAGGAGCUCGUCGCGGUAGGCGACAGAUAAACCGAGCCCGCUCCGAAUGCUCUCGGAGGUUCUUGGUCCAACUUUUUCAUGAUGGCAAAAAAGAAGAAAAGAAAACGCAAAAAAACCAUAAA